UAUUGCCAGCAAAUACUGACUGUCGAGUCCACCACUUAAUCGAUAACAACGAGAAGGUACCUACAACCCUACCUCACAGCUGUUGGUCAGCGUCUGGAAAUUUGUGCAAAUUUUGAUAGAAAAGCAAAAAGCAAGCAAAAAAGAGAUAAGAAGAGCUAAAGUUAAGUGCAGCAUUAGUUAUUACCAUCCGCAAGUGAUUGCCAAUUGAACUCAUCGGACAACUACAUAAACGUGCAUAGCAAAUAGUAGAAAUUCUGUGACAGUUUCAUUACUUACACAUACAAAACUGGCCAGUGGCACCGCCACCUGACACCAGCAUGUCGGAAAAAAACAUAAAAGUAGGCGCCCGUGUCGAACUUACUGGCAAAGAGCUGUUCGGCACGGUCGCCUACGUUGGCAUGACCAGUUUUGCCGUUGGCAAGUGGGUGGGCGUAGUGCUGGAGGAACCAAAGGGCAAAAAUAAUGGCUGCAUUAAGGGCCAGCAGUAUUUCCAAUGUGACGAGAACUGCGGCAUGUUUGUGCGGCCGACGCAAUUGCGUGUUAUCACGCCAGCACCCGAUGCCAGUGGCUCAGGAAAGAGGUCCAGCGAAGAUGUGAGUGGUAGCGGCAACACUCCACUAACGACCCAACCCACAAGGGCACGGCUGAGCGGUUCACGCACUUCACUAUCAUCCAGUCGCCAAUCAUUACUCGGCUCUCGCACACAGCUCACCACAUCUCUUAGUGAACGUACUCCAUCCAGUAGCAGCAUUGGACCACGUAAAUCCCUAGCGCCACAGAAUAGCAAGGAUGCAUCGAGUUCAUCACUUGCCAAUGCGGAGACAGCAUCUGCUGCCGGCGGUGGGAACGGCUCACAUGCUUCAUCCAAACGCGCCUCAUUUGUAGAGACAGGUUUCUUGGAGAUACUCAAGCCACAAUUUACGCCCUCGCAGCCUAUGCGUUCCCCUUCGUUCACCGCGCCGCCCAAUGCGGGCAGUUCAUCGGAGGACAAGGCUGCUUUGCUGGAGGCACAAAAAACUAGCGCCGAGUUGCAAACUCAAGUGGCUGAUCUCACUGAGAAGCUGGAUACUCUGAAGCAGCGUCGCAACGAGGACAAGGAGCGUCUGCGAGAAUUUGACAAAAUGAAAAUACAAUUCGAGCAGCUGCAAGAGUUCCGCACUAAAAUUAUGGCCACGCAGGCAUCGCUGCAAAAGGAGCUACAACGCGCCAAGCAGGAAGCCAAGGACGCUAUCGAGGCUAAGGAGCGUCAUGCUCAGGAAAUGGCGGAGCUGUCUGACAAUGUAGAAAUGAUUACGCUGGAUAAAGAAAUGGCUGAAGAGAAAGCCGAUACCUUGCAGCUGGAAUUGGAAUCUUCCAAGGAACGCAUAGAGGAGCUGCAAGUAGACUUGGAGUUGCUGCGCUCAGAUAUGCAAAACAAAGCAGAUGCCACCAUAGGCAACAUCUCAGCAGACGGCACGACUGGCGGUAUGUCUACCUACGAGUUCAAACAACUCGAGCAACAGAAUAUACGUCUUAAGGAUACGUUGGUGCGUCUGCGGGAUCUAUCGGCACAUGACAAGCACGACAUCCAAAAGCUAACAAAGGAACUGGAAACGAAACGCUCCGAAGUCGCAGAAUUGGAGCGUACAAAAGAGAAACUUUCCUCCAAAAUUGAUGAGCUCGAAGCCACAGUCGCCGACUUGCAGGAACAAGUCGAUGCUGCACUGGGCGCUGAGGAGAUGGUGGAACAGUUAGCCGAAAAGAAAAUGGAGCUGGAGGAUAAAGUGAAACUAUUGGAGGAAGAGAUUGCCCAAUUGGAGGCACUAGAGGAGGUGCACGAGCAGCUUGUGGAGAGUAAUCACGAUUUGGAAAUGGACUUGCGCGAGGAACUUGAUCUGGCCAAUGGAGCCAAAAAGGAAGCACUGCGUGAACGCGACGCAGCUAUUGAAACGAUUUAUGAUCGCGAUCAGACAAUCACCAAAUUCCGCGAACUGGUCCAGAAAUUGAACGAGGAGCUCAUUGAGUUGCGCGAACGCAGUUCAAGCAACGAUCAGAAAUCCCUGCAGGACCCCAGCCUGAAGUUAGCCAGCGAGACAAUCGACUACAAGCAAAUGUUUGCCGAAUCCAAGGCUUACACACGCGCCAUCGAUGUGCAAUUACGCCAAAUCGAACUCUCGCAGGCCAAUGAGCAUGUCCAAAUGUUGACUGCCUUUAUGCCCGAAUCGUUUAUGAAUCGUGGCGGCGAUCACGACUCCAUAUUGGUCGUAUUGCUGAUCUCACGAAUUGUUUUUAAGUGUGGCAUUGUUGUGUCUCAGACACGUGAACGUUUCCCUGCCGUGGAGGCUGUGACCAGAGAGGCCGUCACCCAAGGCCAUGGUGUCCAACAGUACGCCUUCAAAUGCCGUUUAAUGCAUUACAUACACAAUCUGCAGUGUGCGCUGCAUCAGAUCCUGUAUGGUCUGAAUAGCUGUCAACCCGAUACGUUGCUGCGCGCCGGCAGCUCAUUGCCCGAGAUGGUGGCACAAGAGAAGAUAGUGGAUGGUAUUAUAGAGUUGCUGAAGUCGAACCAGCUGGACGAGAACAGCACCACGGAUAAUAUUGAGAAAUGUGUGGCUUUCUUCAAUGCUAUGAACUCGGUAUUGUUGGCUGGCGAGCAGCUGCUCAAUGAGACGCAAAUGAUACGGGACUGUGUGGCCUCGUUAGGCGCAGCGUGCGAAUCCAUUCUGAACGACACAGCCAUUGCCAAGGUAAUUAUACAAGAGGCCGGCGCCACCAGCGAUUCAGUGCUGCUGAUUCAAUUCCUCAAUGAACAAAUGGAGGCCAUCAAGCAACAGGUGAAGCUCAUCAAGAGACGCCUGCCAAGCGACCAGCAUGUGAUCAAAUGCGGUCUAUCCUCCCACAAACUAGACGCGAUUCGUGCACUGGCGCAGAGCAUCAGUCGUAUAAUGUCGGCCAUGCAUUCGGCCACCAAACAGGCACUUGCCGCCGUUGUGGCCAACAUUGAGAGCGAUAAUGCGGCAGAGCACACGUUGCCGCAAGAGAAAUACUGGUCGCUGCUCUCGGCUGCGUGCGAGCGCAUAUACGAGCAGGACGAUCGCGGACCCACGCACAAUUUCAAAACACUUCUGGCACAGGCACAAACCGAUCUCCAACACAUUGCACAGCAUCUGCUGGACAAGGAAUAUGAGAUUAUAUCAGCGGCGGGAGCUCAGCAACGACCGCAGAAUAAGGAUACGCCCAUCAUACAGCGAGCCCAGUUGAUUAAGAAACAGCUGGAGCAGAAGAACGUGCUUGCCGCUACGCUGGAGAAUCGUGAAGCAGACAUCAAACAACUAAAGCUGGCGGCUAAAAUGAAACAGAACGAGCUGAGCGAAAUGCAAAUACGUAAGGAUCUCGCGGAGAAGAAGCUAAGCGUCCUGCAGGGUGAAUACGAGCAUACGGUGAAUAAAUGGAAGCUGCAGUACGAGGAAACGCGCACCCUUUUGGUGCAAAAGGAGAAGGAAUUUGAGGAGACAAUGGAUCACCUGCAAAGCGACAUCGAUGCGCUGGAGAGCGAGAAGAGCGAUCUGCGCGACAAACUGAAGCUCAACAGUAGUGGCGGCAAGAGUCAGAUUUCGGAUCUAUCUGGGCACAACAUCUCCACUGCCAGCAGCGGCAAUGUGAGUUACACAGCGCCCGCUGGCACCGCCCCCAUGGUGGCCGAGGAACUGCAGCUGCUCAAGUGCGCCUUCAACAAUGAGCGCAACGAGCGUUUGCGUCUGCAGGCACAGGAUAUGCGCGCCAAGUUGCAACAAUUCGAACCCAUAUAUGUGCCACAGCCACAGGAUCAGCGCAUUAAUGCGCUCGAGUCGCAGUUGACGAAAAUGAAGCAUGCCUGGGUUCUAUCGUUACUGCAGGUGCAGGCACCGGGCGCUUCUCUAGUCGCCAACGCCAAUUCAGUGGCUUUGCAGCGUCGUCAUCAACCGCUGCCGCCGAAGCAGGAGAUCAGCACACGUGCCUCUCAGCUCGCGUCAGACAUUUUGGCGGAGUACUUGCAACGCAAGCCGCAUCGCGCCUCUCGGGGACAGUUCGCCGCCUUUCCCACCGUCGAUGUGAAGCGGGUUCUGCAGAUUUAGGCUGGCCACUUGCAAUAUGUAGUUGUUUUCCCUUUUAUAUCAGAAACAUAUUCAAAAUGGUCGGAUAGGCCUUAUUCAUGUCCCUAGACCUUAAAAUUAUUUAGAAUAAUUUUAAAGUCUACAGCUUAGGAUAAGAAUAAGCCUUAUUCAACGCAUAUUUAUUUUGUAAAUGCUGGGUGGAAGCGCACAAAUACACACACACACAAAGACUCAAAAACAGAAAGUACGCUGAGAAACACGCUUUAAAAUAGUGACUAACUAAAACGCACUAAAAACUAACCUCAUCCCUCUCCCCCUCGUUCCUCAGCUGCAGCCUAUGAUUGUGGCCGCGAUAGUGAUGCUGAUAUUUGUGUUUGCCUUUUGGCUGCGAUUUCCACGCGGCGUCAAAUUUAUUCUGUCGAAGCGAUGGAGCAACUGGUUUAAAGAUGUCUAACUGAGAAUGGAGAUAUACUAUAUAUAAUUAUUUAUGUGUUUAUUAUAUUGGUUUAUUAUAUGUUUGUAUAAAUAUGUAUAACAGCUCUUAUUUGUCUAACACAUCUAGUUAAUUAUUAAGCCUCCUGUGGCAAUAUCUUUAAAACAACCUAUGUAAGUGAAAGCAGCUGAAGACACAUUGAUGUACGAGUAACUAAACAAAUUGAAUUUGGCAUAUAAAAAU